UUCUUGACAUUUUGCGGCUUUUAAAAUAGAGAAAUGAAAGAAAAUGUUCAUUUAUUUACUUUUAUUUAAAAUGUGUCCACCAGGCAAACAACCUAUGGAUUUUCAUUCUGAAAUAGCGAAGUUUGUUCCAUAAGUUCAGCGUAUCACUGUUGGUUUGUUACGUAGAGGUUAAGUAAUGCUGCGUAACAUCAAGCUCCAGCGGUAACACGUGUGUUUUACUGUUUUAUUAUUGGUGCACUCCUUGUUUAUCCUUCCAGGGUGGACCAGGAUGCCUUCCUCUCCUGUUGUAGUCCUGAAUGCAGGGCUGCAGAUGCCUAUCCUGGGUCUGGGGACCUACAAGCUGCGCGGUCCUGACGAGGUGCAUCGGUCUGUGGAUGCUGCUCUGGCUGCAGGGUACAGGGCCUUUGACAGUGCAGCUGUCUACCGCAAUGAGGCCGACCUAGGCAGGGCUCUGAGGGAGCUGCUGCCAAAAUAUGGCUUAACCAGGGAGGAUGUGUUCAUAACCAGUAAGCUGGGUCCCAAGGAUCAAGGUGAAAAGGCCAUGGAGGGUGCCCUCCACAGCUUGACUCAGCUGAACUUGGGUUACAUCGACCUGUACCUGAUCCACUGGCCCGGUACUCAAGGACUACCAGUGGCUGAUCCACGCAACGCGGGUAACCGAGCUCAGAGCUGGGCCGCACUGGAGGAGCUGCAUGGUCAGGGGAAGCUGAGGGCUAUAGGAGUGUCCAACUACACAGCAGCACACCUGAGAGAGCUGAUGCAGAGCUGCAAAGUCCCUCCUGCAGUGCUACAGGUGGAGUUUCACCCUCAGCUCAUCCAGACAGACCUGAGGAGUUUGUGCCAGGAGUACCGGGUCUGCUUCCAGGCCUACUCCUCUCUAGGGAAAGGAGAGCUGGUCUCUGAGCCUGUGAUUCAGGAGGUGGCAAAGAGCGCUGAACGCUCGCCUGCACAGGUUUUGCUGCGCUGGGCGGUGCAGCAGGGAGUCCCGGUUCUCCCUAAAUCAUCAGAUCCGGUCAGAAUCCAGCAGAACGCAGAGGUCUUUGACUUCUCUCUGAGUCAGGCUGACAUGGACAGACUGACAGCUCUGGACCGGGGACACCGGUACUGCUGGGACCCAUCAGAGGUGGCCUGAGACAACUGUGGUCUAAGAAACUAAUCUCCCAUGAUGCCUUGUG